CACCAUACCCCCUUCAAAUGUGGGUUGAAGACUUGAGUUUUGAAAUUCCACGUGUCAACCAAUGUCCAACCCAAGCCCCACCAUACCCCAUGGUCUUACGCAGAUGCUGUUACGUAGGAAAAAAAGUGCAAUGGACACAAUUGCGCCGGCAGUCAUCCGACCGCCGACCACGCGCAUUGUGAGGCCGGAAGUCGAGAGUCCGAUUACGAAGGUGUUGGAGCCCGAAGUUGAGACUCCGAUUCCGGUGAAGCCUAGGCGACAAGUAGUUAUAACCGAUCUGAAGCAGCUCAGCAAGAGGUGGAUUUUCCACAGGGAAUUGGAUACUUUGUUAAUCAACGAUAUGAGAUUCGAAAAUGCAGUGCAUAUUGGUCAGAAAAUAGGCUCCUCCAGCAAGAUAUGGGGAAGCACCCCACUCAAAUGCGGGGUUGUUCGUGGUGGGGCCCACUGGGGUAAGAAAUUGAAAGAGGCACAAGGGCAUGUCACACCCCGAUUUCCACGUGUAUCACCGGUGGGACCGGUAGGGGAUUACCGUGAUGUAGUUGGCAACAAUAUAGUCAAACCACACAAUAUAUAAAUGC